CAUUUUGCGAAAAUGGAUGAAUCUAAACAAGCGAGUUCGGAGGGUAACAAAAGUUAUGAUAGCGAUAUGUAUGCAAAUAUAAAGAGUACUACAUCGUUGGAGAAAGCAAAAAAAUCGCUAAUAACUGAUGAAUCGAGUGAAAACGAUGAUGAACAAGAGGAAAAGAAAUCAAAGCAGCAAGUCAUGUUCGAGCCACCGAAUUCGAAGAAGCCAAUGAACCUUUCGGUCUUCGAUCGUCGCAAUUUUCUCAUUCAUCAGUAUUAUAUUCGAAAGGAUUUUAACUCUUGCAAGGCUCUAAUUAAAGAAAUAUUGGAAGAAUGCAAUGAAUUAUACGAUUAUCCGAUUUAUAUUCGUGGAAAAAUUGCGAUAGUUGAAAAGGAGUUAAUAAUGGCUUUGGAAUGUAAUAGAGAAGUGACUAAUUUUAUAAACAAAGAACGCCUUUACAGUUUUGAAAAAGCUCGUUCACUACGACCACAAAAAUCUAAUUAUCCUCGUGAAAUUGGCCAUAUUCAGUUUUUAUUGGGUAAUCAUAAAAAAGCUGCUGAAAUUCUACUUGAAGCGAUCAAACUUAAUCCAUCCGAUACGAAAGCUUAUUACUGGCGAGCGAUGGCGUUAUAUCACAUUGAUCAGAGUGAUGAAUCCGCUACUCAGGCUCAAGAAUGUAUUAUGUCAGCACCAAAUUUUGUUAAAUCAGUCGAAAUCUUAAAGUUUUUGGCAGAACUAUGCGCACAGAAAAAUGAAAUUAAUUCAGCCAUUGAAGCUUAUAAAAAAGCUUUGGAGUUAGAAUCGGAGGAUUUGGAUGCUCUUGUUAGUCUCAGUCUUUUAUACUUAAAAGUGCAAAACGAUGACCAGGCAUUUGCUACACUGGGAAAAGCACUUAGUUACGAUCCUUCACAUUCUCCAAGUAUUUUAACUGCUGGUGCAAUUAUGCAAGGUAUGGGCGAUUAUGAUGUGGCACUUAUAAAAUAUAGGUAA